AUGGCUGUUGGCAAAAACAAGCGCCUUAGCAAAGGAAAGAAGGGUCUUAAGAAGAAGGUCGUCGACCCCUUCACCCGUAAGGACUGGUACGACAUCAAGGCUCCCUCCAUGUUUGAGGUGCGCCAAGUCGGCAAGACUUUGGUCAACCGUACCCAAGGUCUUCGUAACGCCAAUGAUUCUCUUAACGGCCGUGUCGUUGAAGUUUCCCUUGGUGACUUGAACAAGGAUGAGGCUCGUGCUUUCCGCAAGAUCCAACUUAAGGUUGAUGAAAUCCAGGGCAAGAACUGCCUUACCAACUUUUAUGGUAUGGAUAUGACUUCGGAUAAGCUUCGUUCCAUGGUCAAGAAGUGGCAGACUUUGAUUGAAGCCUUCGUUGAUGUCAAGACCACCGAUGGCUACCUUGUUCGUCUUUUCUGCAUUUCCUUCACUGCUCGUCGUCGCAACCAGCUUAAGAAGACCACCUAUGCUCAAAGCUCCCAAAUCCGUCAAAUCCGCAAAAAGAUGUUUGACAUCAUGACUGAGGAGACUGUCGGCUGCGACUUGAAGGAACUUGUUGCCAAGCUUACCGCCUCUGCUUCCAACUCUGCUCAAGAUGCUAUGGCUGUUCGCAUUGAGAAGGCUUGCCAAGGUAUCUACCCCUUGCAAAACACCUACAUUCGCAAGGUCAAGAUCCUCAAGGCACCCAAGUUCGAUGUCUCUGCCUUGCUUGCCCUUCACGGUGGUGCUGCCGCUGCUGGUGAUGUUGGUACCAAGGUCUCCAAGGACUUUGUUGAGCCCCCUGUCUUGGACUCCGUCUAA